AUGCCCUCCCUCACCCACGAGGUUUCAUCAGCCGCCGUGCACAACAACAACAGUCGACACGGGCCAACCAGCAUGCUGAACAGCCACCCAACCAUACAGCUCACUGUCAGCAGCCGCUAUCCCAGCUUCAUCACUCGGGCGGGGGAGGAGUCCGUGGCUGUAUCCCCCUCCCCUAAUCCCUGCAUGAUGUUUUUCUCACUGCUGCCAGCCCCACCCGUUCAUUGA